AUAAUCAACUAAUCAAGCUGAAAACUAGUACUUUGGACUUCUGUCAAAAAAGUUGAAAUUCUUUUCUUACUCCAAUUUGUUUUAUUGUAAAAAUAUUUAAAAUUAGCAAAAAUGAGCAGUUGAAUUAAGUGUUAGGGUAUCUCAUAAUCUAAGUGACGCAUAACAUCAUAAAACUUCAAGAACUUACUUUCUUUAACAAUAUGGCAAUUUCAUUAAAAGGGGUUAGUUUAAUUUCUCAACGAUCAGUUCAGCUGUCUCCCUUCAGACAUUUGGUCACGAGCUCAGCCCUAGGAGAUGUCAGCGAAGGAUGGCUCAGUAAGCUGCUGGUUCGUAAGAUCGAACCCACCAAAGAACCUCACUCUCGUAUGCUGUCCGAUAAAGAGGUCAUUUAUGAACUACAGACUCACAACGUUCGACCAGACUCCACUUCCAAAUACCUCGAUAAUUAUGAGAAAAGCGUAAAGAUGAUUCUGUCACGGAAGGAUGAGUUCAAAUGUGACUUGGUGGCCUCGUGGACAGUGCAGGUGGGUGAUCUGGACCAGGCGUUGCAUCUGUGGAGGUAUACCGGGGGCUUCUCUAGCAUCGACAAGUGUAACAAUCUUCUGGCAGUGGAUAAGACUUAUCAGCAACUGUUGACUGAGAGGGGCAACUACCUCAGGUCUCGUCAUCUACAGUACCUGCUGGCAUUCAGUUACUGGCCACCAAUCUCGCCUCGCAAGGGCAACAACUUGUACGAGAUACGCAGCUACAGCCUCAAGCCGGGAACUAUGAUAGAGUGGGGAAACAACUGGGCAAGAGCCAUCAACUAUCGCCGCAACAACGAUGAACCCUUUGCAGCCUUCUUUUCCCAAAUUGGAAGGCUUUACAAUGUUCAUCAUAUUUGGUGUUAUGAGAACCUGCAGGCUCGUAAGGACACUAGGGAAGCAGCCUGGAGGUCCCCAGGCUGGGACGAGUGUGUCGCCUACACAGUUCCUCUCAUACGAGAGAUGCACUCACGCAUCAUUGUGCCCACCUCAUUCUCUCCCACCCAAUAAGUCUGUAUUUUUAUAUUGGCUCGUUAUUCCAAAAAUAUUCAUUUUAUUUCUUUAUAUAUUUUUCAACUAUUCAAUUAUAUCAUAUGUUUAAAGUCAUUGAAAGAAGUUGUGAUCAAAGCAACGUUACGUUUUCUU